AUGGGUAAUCAAGUGUCAACGAGAAAGAAAAAGACAUCAUCCGAGAAAAGGAACAAGACAUCAAGUGUUACCUCAGCAGCGAGGACCUUCACCGACAGUUUCAACAACGGAUCAACAGUAUCUUCAAAUCAGCCCAAAUUUACGGCCGAAGUGUUUCCCAGCACAACACUGGAGGCCAACAGACAGCAAGGAGAGCACUAUCUUUUGAAACAUGUAUUUCAAACGAGCUACUUUGCGCCGAUAGACGACAUUUUAUCCAAGCCAGAUACGGCCUGUCUUGAUAUCGGAUGUGGAGCACAUGCUUCUUGGCUGGUUGACAUUGCGAACGAUUUUCCGAGUUGUACAUUUCAUGGCUUUGAUAUCAUUCAACCAUUUUCACUGGAUGAAGACAACGCUGACAUAACUUUCCAUAUACCCAGUAACUGCCAAGUCAAAAAGCAAGAUCUUUUUGACGGCUUUGGAUAUCCUGACAGCUCAUUUGAUUACACUCACCAAAGAACGAUGCAUUUGAUUUACCACAGUGACAAAGUGCCUUGGAUGUUUACAGAGCUGAUGCGUGUGACAAAGGAGAAUGGCUGGAUAGAGUUGGUGGAGCCUGAAGUGAUGCCUAAACGAGCAGGCCCUAUCUUUGGAAAAAUGAUGGUUGGAAUUCGUUCCUUUUUAAAAGACAAGUUGGGCAAUUCAUAUCUUCAAGCCAAUUCACUAUGCAAAAGGAUGGAGGACAGCGGAAUAGUAGAUAUAAAAUCAGACUAUGGAUCUGUCCCUGUGUGUUGGGGCGGUUAUAUUGGCAAACUCGUUUAUGAGGACAUGCUGCUGAUGUUUCAACAUUUGGGUCCAACUUUGUAUGAAUAUCUGGAUUUUGAAGGCGAAUUCAACAAGGAAGUUUACGAUGCUUUGAUAGACAGUGCGUUUGAUGAAUGCGUCGAGUUCCAAACCUUUUUCAACGUACGAUGGGCUUAUGGUAGAAAGCCCUCUACUACGACUAAUACUACCACUAACACUAUGGCAGCACCUACAAAUGUACAAUAA